AUGUUCGCACGAAAGGUGUUCUGUGUCACCGGUGCCGCGUCGGGCAUAGGUCGAUCGACGGCAAUCAUACUAGCGCAAAGAGGUGCCGCUGCUCUUGCGGUCAGCGACGUGAAUGCAGCGGGUCUAGAUGAGACCGUGAGAGAGUGCGAGAAAGCAGGAGCCAAAGUGCUAGCUUCCAAAGUUGACGUCCGCCACGACCAUGAGGUGAAGUCGUGGAUCCAAGAGUCUUUCACCAGGUUUGGGAGACUCGAUGGGGCUGCCAACGUCGCUGGAGUCGCCGGCGGGACGGGAUCUACAAUCAUCGAGACAAUUGCUCAAGAAGACUGGGACAACACCAUAGGCGUCAAUCUCAACGGGGUCCUCAACUGCAUGCGAGCUCAACUGCCAUUACUACCAAAGCCAGGUGGGGCAAUCGUCAACGUUUCGAGCACGUCCGGUCGAAGGGGGCUACCGCAUAGCGCCGCGUACGCGACCAGCAAGUUUGGCGUCAUUGGGUUGACCGAAUCAGCCGCUGGGGAGUAUGCUAAGGAUGGCAUCAGGAUCAACACGAUACUGCCCGGGCCGGUCGAUACUAAGAUCUUUCGAGACGGCGAGGCAUUGGGACUCUUCGACUCAGACAUGCUUUCUAAGGACACCUUGCUUCGCCGUCUGGGUCAACCUGACGAGAUUGCAAAGGUCAUCUGCUUUCUCUUGAGUGAAGAUGCCUCAUACGUGACAGGAGCACACUGGAAUGUCGAUGGAGGCUACCUGGCUUGCUAGAGGCGUUGAGGACGGUCCAGUAUGCUAGAAACUUCUUGAUUUCAUCCUCCUUGCCUUCCUCUUCAGUCAGAGUUUCUCGUCUACCAAGUGGCAGAGGCGCCUUCAAAAGCCAUAAUUAUGUGUGUGCAGAGAGCGCACAGCAGUCUCUAAUCCAUGCUCCGAGGCUGUACAGUUGAGAAGUUGGGAGUUUCUGAGGGCCGGUGCCAUACUUCUAGGUUUUGACCAGUCAAGGAACAACGUCUUUGCGGUCUUUUCUUCUUCCACCAACGUUAUGAAAGAAGCAUAUGGGGUCUUGGGGAAUCUAUAUUCCUUCACCACCUGACUCACGAUUCGCUUCUCGAGUCUGCCGUCAUCUCCAUGGAACUCCGAAUAGUAAUUCAAUGCUUUGUCCAUCACUGUCACGUACUAGGAGAAAAAGCUUUUUUUCUAGAAGUCGCAGCAUCAGCCCUAUGGGUCAAGGUCCC